AUGGUAAGGAAAACUUCGAAUAGAAAGGGCGCGCCAAGGAAACUUAGGAGGAAAAGUGCGUUGGAGUCCACUUCAAAGAAGGCUAAGGGUACUUCAAAUAAAUCCAAAGGAAAGAGACUACCACCCAGCCGUACCGAUAUGGAAGAGGCUACAUCGGUCCUUCAGUUAUCUGGACGAAUUGAAGAUUCUCAGCCUACCCAAUUUUCAUAUUCACAGUUGUUGGGUGACGUACAAAGUCAAGUGUGUGCCCAACAGUUAUCUUCAUCUACCUUUACCCCUCCGUUGAUACCGUAUCAUACUUUAGGUACUUCAGGUCCAUGUGUUGAUCAGCUGAACGGUACGGAUCGUUUCCCAAGAGCUUCCCACAUUGCAGACGACAUGGCCCGUAAUCGACCCUUUACGGCAAAUAAUGACAACGACGAAAUCUGAUAUGGGAAUUGAAUUGGGGACGGAACUCGGUUUUAUGUCAUUU